CUUCUUGUGUUGAAUCUCGUGUGCGUUUCAGGCAGUUAUGGAUGACAUGAACGAGCUCCAGCGCGAGCUGUAUGACAUAGUCAAGAAUGCGACUGAAGAUCUCGAUCUGAGUGAGGAACGGAUUGACGUUGCUGCAGCUCAAGCGAUAGCUGAAGCACUCAAGGUGAACACGACGCUGACUUGGCUCAAGUUGGAAAAAAAUCAGAUUGGAGAUCCUGAAGCGCAAGCCAUUGCUGAGGCGCUCAAGGUGAACACGACGCUGACUUGUCUCGAUCUGGGUAACAAUCGGAUUGGCGAUGCUGGAGCACAAUCGCUUGCUGAGGCGCUCAAGGGGAACAAGACGCUGGACGAGCUCGAUCUGGGUAACAAUCAGAUUGGCGAUGCUGGAGCGCAAUCGAUUGCUGAAGCGCUCAAGGUGAACAAGACGCUGGACGAGCUCGAUCUGGCUGGAAGUUUGAUUGGCGACGCUGGAGUGCAGGCCAUUGCUGAGGCCCUCAAAGUGAACACGACGCUGACUGGGCUCAAUCUGGACGGCAAUCAGAUCGGCGAUGCUGGAGCGAAGGUGCUUGCUGAGGCACUCAAGGUGAACUCGACGCUGACUAAGCUCGAUCUGGACGCCAAUCAAAUCGGCGAUGCUGGAGCGCAGGCCAUUGCCGAGGCACUCAGAGUCAAUCCGACGGUGACUAAGCUCAGGCUGAGUGAGAAUCAAAUUGGCGACGCUGGAGCUCAAGCGAUCGGUGAGGCGCUCAAAGUGAACACGGGGGUGACUUGGCUCAAUCUGUGGGAGAAUCGGAUUGGCGAUGCUGGAGCGCAGGCGAUUGCCGAGGCACUCAAAGUGAACACGACUCUGAAUCGGCUCGGUCUGAGUGAGAAUCAGAUUGGCAAUGUUGGAGCGCGGGCGAUUGCCGAGGCACUCAAAGUGAACACGACGCUGACUGAGCUAGGUCUGAGUGAGAAUCAGAUUGGCAAUGUUGGAGCGGAGGCGAUUGCCGAGGCACUCAAAGUGAACACGACGCUGGCUGUGCUAGGUUUGCACACAAAUGAGAUUGGCGAUGACGGAGCUUGCGAGCUUGCUGAUGCACUCGAAGUGAACACGACGAUGACUAAGCUCCAUCUAGACCGUAAUUGCAUGACCUACGGAUGUUCCGCGCUUCUAGAUGCACGCGAAGACAACUGCAGGCUGGAGCUUACCUUCGACGACCAGAUAGGCCGUCUUGCAUUCAUCUGGUUGCCACGAAAGGCAACUGCUGAAGACGUCCAGAGCGUGUUUCUACUGCUGACCAGCGGACUGCAGCUGGAGGAUCAAUCCGCAUCUCUACCAGUGUUGCCAGCCGAGAUUGCCGCGCGCAUCAUGGACGAAGCGCACUACUGGCCAGGCGUGCGGCAUACCAAGCGAUCACGGUUUUAUGAUGAUUCCCCCGAGCGGCUGCUGCCCGAGGACGACUAUUUUGAUUUGAUUUUCCGAGAUGAGCAAGGUGUCAUUCGGUACGAAUGUGCGAUAUCCCCGACCGAGUUUUACGGGGAUAGCCUCGAGUGUGCGACGAUCCAGCCAGAGACUACUCCCAUCCUCCGGGAAAUGCGCGAGGGUUGGCAAGUUCAAGUUCGACCCAGCGAGAAUGGAACUGUUCUGUUCGAGACGAUUUAUUUCGAAUGAGACAGAUUUUCGCGGAAACCCCACCCUGUGCCGUCCGUGGGUUUUCCAGAGCCGUUUCAAUUGUGCUGCUGUGUGGACGAACAACUUGUGAAGCAAAAAAGGCGUUGGUUCCGUUGUCCGUCAUUGCCAAGUAUUUGCCAACAUUGCACCAGUUGUUGAAGUGACAAAAGAAGAAAAAAAAAAAGGCCACAGAAAAAAAAAC